AUGAUGACCACUGCCGCUCCGAUGGACGUGCCUGACGACGGCAUCGCUUGCGACGCACCGAUCACCGAUGUCCCUCCUCCAUGCCAGCCGAACAACGACAACACCCGCGGCGAGCCAUCCGAACGGUGGACCCCCGAGCCAAAGCCUGCUACUGCUACUUUCGAUACCUUGACUGAAUGGGGCCGCAAGCAUUUUGGAGAGGAGUGGACAACGGAGCGGGAGAGCAUGAUAGAUGACGCUUACAACUCCAUUGCCGCGGAGGAUCCGACAAGGUGGAACCGAUACUGCGAUCGGCAGAAGAAAUUGAGGAACAUGGAGAGGGAACUGCAGAGAGGCAAGGUGGAGCUACGCGGCCGCGAGCUGGACGAGUUGACGUCGUUGGCACGAAAGCGUUAUGGUGAGGGAUGGUACCUCAAUCGCAGAGCAGCUCGUCGGGAGCGGGAAAUGGGCCUUGCGGCUAAAGAAUUUUCGGAGAAGAUGUACCACUCCAGGCGAACGGACAAACGAUGGCGGAUGGCGAGCGACAUCAUGGCGGCCAGGGACGGCGCCAUGCUGUCUGAGGGAUACUCGUGGGCUCAGAUACUUGGGUCUUCGCAACCGCCGAACGACAUCGACGACACCGAGACAUGCACGCCGGCAAUGAGCGAGGUGAACUACCCACGGGCAGUUACGGAGGUGGCCGGUACGUCGGCAGCGAGCGAGGCAAGCAGCGAGCUGGAAGACGACGACGCGCCAACGAACGAGUCUAAAUACACAAAGGAGGCCAGGGAGGGCCCGAAGCGCAUCGUGGAAAGGAUGGAGUGGACGGCUAUUACUGACGACUGGGACGAUAAACAGUACGAGCGGACCAGGUUCUCUGGCAUCGAGAGAAAGAGAUCACGAGCCGAAAACGAGGAGUGCACACGUCGUUUCUACAGUGAGGGACCGGAGGCCAAGAAGAAACGGGAGGAGAGGGAACUCCAUCUCCACCGCGUGCAAUACCGGGCGACAUUGAUGUUCAUGGAGCACACCAGACUCCACGAACAGCCUCGCUCCACCGACGAGGGUAGAUAUGAGUAUCAACACGCGCACCAGCGCCUCGGAGAGUAUCUUGGGGGAGACUUCACUGAGCUGCCUGACCUGCAGCUGCUAGCGCAGAAGCUAGGUAUCCGAAAGCCCUUUCCAGCGCAUCACGCUGGCAUCUUCUCUGGCAGCGGACAGGAACCGACAGCACGCUCCAAGCAGCAGCAGCAACGCAAGCGCCCGGACAGUCCCCAGCGCCACGAACGCCGUCAGAGCCGUCGUCUCCGCCAACUGCCGGUCGAGUAUAAGCCCGAAGACCCAGACAAGAUCAUUCGGCUGGCCAACGCCGCGCGCCGCAGGGGCCUGUAG